CGGCAAGCUUAAAGAGUUAAAUUGCUGGCAACAGUAUCUAAAGCGGAGGUGGUGAGAUACUUGAAAGGGGGAAUCUGGGGAGUGGAUAGGGGAAUGAGGAUGAUGUUAUUUAUGCUCCUGUUUUGGCGCUGCAGUGUGUUGAGUCACGGUUACCCUGGCAACCAGUCGCCAUUUUGUGUUGGGCACAAGCAGCGGCGCCGGCGGCGGGCUCGAUUCUUCCGAGAGUAGCAGUCAGCAUCCGAUUGUUACUCUAACAGCGACAGUCUUUACCAGUGUCCGCAUUACUGGGCCUGACAUUGAUAACCAACGUUUCCGAAAAGUGCAGUGGAGCUUCAAUCCAGUUGAAUCCUCCAAUGUCGGAUCAUCGGCGGAAGCUAGGCACGCCUCCUUUCUACAGCAGUAGCUGUCCUAUUUUAGUUGAACCUCUGAGCUGACAAUCCAGAAUUGGCAAUGCCGAUACCAAGCAGCCUGAUACCAUCCCGGUUUCUGACACUUAUGGCUCACUUAGUCAUUGUUAUUGACAUCUUUUGGUCCAGGGAGAACAAUGUUUUGGCCAGUCUUCCACCCACCCACACAUCUCUCCAAUAUCAAAACCGUGAUACAGAAUUAAUUGUGGCACUGUCAGUGACUCUGGGCAUGUUUCUAAUUGAGCUGCUGGGCUUCUUCUCUGGUGUUUCCAUGUUCAACAGCACCCAGAGUCUCAUUUCUGUUGCAGCACAUUGCAGUGCUUGCAUCUGUCUUUCCUUCUUUGUCUUUGAGAAAUGGGAGUGUUGGACCUACUGGUAUAUCUUUAGCUUCUGCAGUGCUCUUCCAGCAUGUAUUGAAAUCAUUCUGAUGAUCGGAGUGUUUGGGCUGAAAAAGAAGCCAUUGUGAAUGUACUGAAACCCCUAAUUAAAAAAACUGGAAUCCAUCAGUAAAGUAACAAGAAUAGUGGAAGACAUGACUAAUCGCAAUGGAUCCCCACUCAGGAUUGUGCAGUGGGCAAUGGAUACCAGCAACAUUUAGAGAGUUUCAAUGCCAGGGUACUUUAUAAAACAUGUAUAUCAUUGUCUGUAUUGUAUCUCCUUCUUCAUCAUAGCUCAUGUUUAUCUUCAUCAUAUGGAUCUCAUGUUUUAUAAAUUGUUUACAUUAUAUGUUACAUUACAGAACUAUGCAUCAGAUAAUUCAAUAUUGAACAUGUUUUUUUAGCAUCUUCAGUUUCAAUCAUAUCUGUCACAACCUACAUUACGGAAGUGUACAUCAGUAUCUCAAUUUCAGAACAUGAAUAUCACAGUUUAUAUUACAGAACAUGUGUACCACUUGGAUCUCUGUUCUAGAAAAUGUGUAAUCAGUCUCCAUUAUAGAAAGUAUGCAUUGCCAUCUUCAUUAUCAUGCUUUGUGUUGGGGGUAUUGAGAUGCCUUUUUGUUUAUAUGUAAACCGAUGAGACUUCAGGCCAAAGUGGUCAUGAUUUAGGAGUGACCUGUAUAAUGAAAGGGGAGCAGUCAGCUCUCUAGCAGUUCAGUUCAGAGCUGGUUGGGGGUUCAACAGUGAGCUGUUUGGAAACUCUCUCUCUCCUUCUGCCCUUCUAACUUCAACUUGUAAGCUUCUGUUCCUUUUUUUAAAACUGGUCUUUAAGUGGGGGUUGCUUAUUGAGACUGUUGUGUAUAUCCGGAACAGUAUAAUUAAGUCUAGUUUGGAUAAUCUGAGUUCUGUAGGAGUUCUUUAUUCUGUUCUUUGUGUUCAAUUGUGUGAUUCUGUGAAUAAAUUUUUGUCUGUUUCAAAACCUGGGAGACAUCCGAGCUGCCUUACUCUGGGUAACUUUUCCUGUAUGCUUACCGAAACAAACUGCAAAGUUAUGGUCUGGGCUGUCUGCUUAAGAAUGUUUUGAAUGGUUUGGCCGAGUCCAUAACAGUCUGGGGGCACUUUGUGGGAUAUUAAACAGCGAGUGGUAGGUGCUAGUGUCUUUAUUUCAGAUGUCGGUUUGGUUGGGUAGA